GGUCCGGUCCGGGGGGGGGGGGGUCCGGGAUCGAACGGAGCCGGUCCCGGUCCCGGUGCCCCGAGGAGCACAUGGACCUGGACGUGGACUACGAGAGACCCAACGUCGAGACCAUCAAGUGCGUGGUGGUCGGGGACAACGCGGUGGGCAAGACCCGGCUCAUCUGCGCCCGCGCCUGCAACGCCACCCUCAGCCAGUACCAGCUGCUGGCCACGCACGUCCCCACCGUGUGGGCCAUCGACCAGUACCGCGUGUGCCAGGAGGUGCUGGAGCGCUCCCGGGAUGUGGUGGACGAGGUCAGCGUCUCCCUGCGGCUCUGGGACACGUUCGGGGAUCACCACAAGGAUCGGCGCUUCGCCUAUGGCAGGUCAGAUGUGGUUGUUCUGUGCUUCUCCCUGGCCAACCCCAACUCCCUGCGGCACGUGAAGACCAUGUGGUACCCCGAGAUCAAGCACUUCUGCCCUCGGACACCCAUCGUGCUGGUGGGCUGCCAGCUGGACCUGCGCUAUGCCGACCUGGAUGCCGUCAACCGGGCACGGAGACCCCUGGCCAAGCCCAUCAAGCCCACGGACAUCCUGCCCCCGGAGCGCGGGCACGAGGUGGCCAAGGAGCUGGGGGUGCCGUACUACGAGACCAGCGUGGUGGCUCAGUUCGGCAUCAAGGACGUGUUUGACAACGCCAUCCGCGCCGCGCUCAUCUCCCGCCGGCACCUCCAGUUCUGGAAGUCACACCUGAAGAAGAUGCAGCGGCCGCUGCUGCAGGCUCCGUUCCUGCCCCCCAAGCCCCCCCCCCCGGUCAUCCGUGUCCCCGAUGCCGCUGCCGGCCGCGGCCGCGGUGCCGCCGCGCUCUUCCGCACCCCGACCUGCGCCGACGUGGCCUUCGAGCUGCAGGGCGGGCAGCGCGUGUUCGCGCACCGCGUGUUCCUUGCCACCGCCUGCUCCAAGUUCUAUGACCUGUUCACGCUGCAGGGGCCGGAUGGGCACCGGGAGAGCCUGGAUGGGCACCGGGAGAGCGCGGCGGAUGGUGGCGGUGCCGCGGCACCGGGCUCGCGCCAUGAGGAUGCGCCGGGGACGGGGGGGGACGCAGGGGAUGUGGGGGGGGAUGGAGGGGACGGCAGCAUCCGGGACCUGUCCUCGUGGGGCCGCGGGUUCGUGAGCAUGGGCUGGGCGGUGGUGCCGGAGCCGGUGUCGGGACGGGAGCGCCGGAUGGUGCUGGUGCGCAUGGAGCCGCGGGUGCAGCCGGAGCCGUUCCGUGCCGUGCUCGAGUACCUGUACACCGGGAGGCUGGACCAGGCCCGCGGUGACCUGCGGCACGUGGCCACCAUCGCAGAGCUGCUGGAGGUGUUUGACCUGCGCAUGAUGGUGGCCAAUGUGCUCAACAAGGAGAGCUUCAUGAACCAGGAGAUCACCAAAGCCUUCCACGUGCGCCGCGCCAACCGCAUCAAGGAGUGCCUGGCCAAGGGGGUCUUUGCAGACGUGGUGUUCCGGGUGGACGACGGUUCGGUGCCGGCACACAAGCCGCUGCUGAUCGCGGGCUGUGACUGGAUGAUGGCCAUGUUCCGAGGGUCCUUCCGGGAGAGCUAUGCCUCUGAGGUCCCGUUGCCUGGCACCAGCUGUGCCUCCCUCCGCGCUGUCCUUGACUUCCUGUACACCGGAGUCUUCACCCCAGCACCGGACCUGGAUGCGCUGGAGCUGCUCAUCCUGAGCGACCGGCUGUGCCUGCCGCGCCUGCAGGCGCUCACCGAGCAGUACGCGGUGGAUGAGCUGCUGAGGGCGUUCAUGCAGCACGUGGAGAUCGAUGAGCAGGUGCUGCUGUACCUGGAGCUGACACAGUUCCACAACGCUCAGCAGUUGGCAGCCUGGUGCCAACACUACAUCUGCACCAACUACAACAGCGUCUGCCGCCGCUUCCCCAGGCACAUGAAGUUCAUGGCGCCAGAGACCCGUGCCCACCUGGAGCGCCACCGCUGGCCCCCAGUGUGGUACCUGAAGGAGGAGGACCUGUACCUGCGGUGCAAGAAGGAGCGUGAGCGCGAGGAGCAGCGGGAGCGGCUGCACCACCCGCGGCACAGCUGGUGCUUCUGGCGCCCGCGGGUGUCCUGACCCCCCCCCUGGUGCUGUCCUGGUGCUACCUCUGGUGCUGCUCCUGCCCUGCCUGCAGGGGGGGCUGUGGGUGCUCCGGGGGGGGCUCCUCACCCCCCCCCCCCCCUCAUCUCGUGCCUUGGCCUCGUCCGGCCCCGGCCUCAACUGCACAAACCUGUGGGGACUUUUGUACACGAGCACCGCGGAUGGGGCCCCCCCAACACCCC